UGAUUGGUUGCCCGGAGCUCCUGGACCACCCCAGACCCAGUGGCAGCGGGAAUAAGAGGAGUCGAUUGCGCUUGAAGACAUCAGAGGCACUGCCUAGCUGAGUGUCACUGCCACUUCCACAGUGCCAACGCCUGACGCGAACGCUUCUGCCACUGCCUCUGCUCCAAGCCACCUGCUACCUGCUGCCAGAGGCAUCAUGAGCUUCUGGAAGUACUCCCCCUUCCUUGCUCUUGGCAUCUUGGUCCUGUACCAGGCGGGCAUCCUCCAGGCAGCGCCAUUCAGGUCUAUCUUGCAGAGCCGCAUGGAUUCUUCUAGACUCACUGAGGAGGAAUUGUGCCUCCUACUGGCUUCAAUGAUGAAGGACUAUCUGCAGAACAAGAUCAGUGAGAUGCAACUGGAGCAGGAGACUGAGAACUCUGGCAUCACUGCCCAGAAGAGAGGCUGCAACACUGCCACCUGUGUGACCGAUAAGCUGGCUGGCUUGCUGAGCAGAUCUGGGGGCAUGCUGAAGAGCAACUUCGUGCCUACCUACGUGGGCUCCAAAGCCUUUGGCCGUCGCCGCAGGGACCUUCAGGAAUGAGCAGCUAAAGGACUCCAGUAAGAAGAUCACCAUGAAGCUGAACUCUACAUCUUUCAUUCAUAGUAAAAGCAACUUGUAGGAAAGCAUGGACGACACACACAUAUGCAUGCUCCUUCGUGUCGA